AUGCGCCCUCUCUUUCUUUUGUUUUGGUCCUCAGUCGCCGUGGCUAAGUAUGUCUACAACCUAGAAUAUUAUGGCAUCGGAGGACAGUCCCUUUUUGCUUGUGGCGAUUCCAUGCCACUGAUCGGAACUUUCUGUGAUGAUGUUGAGUCUUACGAAUGUCUCUGUACAAACGAUAAUGCAAAGCUGACCAUGACAGGAUGUUUUGCAGUUGAUAAUAGAAACACUCCCGCAGUGUAUAAGUACUAUGCUAAUUACUGCAAGACAACCUACUUUACUGAUUGGGAGCCAGAUACUUUGGUUGACUUAUACGAUAAGUAUCUUACUGAGGCUCAAAAUUCUUCAGAGAUCGAAGGCUUCAAUGUCACCACUGCCGUCGAUUUUCCAUUGUUGAUCUUGGACCCCUCAUACAUCCACGCUAUGAACAAAGAUUACAAAGUGUUUUUGGUCAACCUCGACCACUCUACCUACUAUGGAGCAGGAAGUAUUGCUUACUGGGGUCUUAUGGUUCUCAUAGCAAUGGUGUGCAACUGGGGUGUCAUCGUCUUCCCCCAAACGAGAGAUGUGCUCAAUGGAACCUUCAGCAAGAUGGUACGCAAAUAUGUCACUCUUCCUGCGUUGGGCAGAAGAAAGAAAAAUGUUCCCCAAAGGGCAUUCUAUGUCUUUGAUUUUUUGAUACCUUCAAGAUUGGAGAGUGCCGUGAUCUUUGGCUUCUUCUGGUUUCUUUUUGUAGUGUGUGCUGUUGAGAUCUACUAUGUUCAAGGUGAUAAUCUUUUCGCUGAUAAGGCGCAAGCAAUAACUAGAUACGUUUCAGAUAGAACUGGUAUUGUUUGCACUAUUCUCACGCCUUUGCUUCUUCUAUUUUCGGGCAGAAACAGCUUCGUGCAAUGGGCUACCAGGUGGAAGUUUUCCACUAUGAUCACCUACCAUCGUUGGAUUGCUCGUAUGGUUGUGGCUAUGGCAUUUAUACAUUCUAUUGGAUUUACCUGGUUGUACAUCGUUGAAGGAUUCUAUUCAGAAGAGAUGGAAGAAGAAUGGUUGAUCUGGGGAGUUGUUGCAACAAUUUGCGGAUGUCUUAUUUGCUUUCAAGGUAUGCUUUUCUUGAGAAGAAGAGCAUACGAAGUAUUCUUGGUUCUUCACAUCUUGCUUGCGGGCUUCUAUGUCAUUGGUACAUGGUUCCACGUUUGCAUUAUGGGUUACUCGCAGUUUAUGUAUGCUUGCUUUGCUGUCUGGGGUUUUGACAGAUUCUUGAGAGCUGUUCGGGUCUUGUGGUUCGGCUUCCCAAAAGCAGUGAUCACUUUGAAUCCUGAUGAAAGCUUGAAGUUGGAAAUCCCCAAACCAAAGCACUGGCCCUCGAUUGCAGGAGGACAUGCUUGGGUCCAUUUUUUGCAACCACUCACAUUUUGGCAAAAUCAUCCUUUCACAUUCAUUGAUUCGGUUGAGAAAGAAAACACCAUUGUUUUCUACUGCAAGGUUAAGAAAGGUAUUACUCAGUCAUUGAGGAAGAAGUUGGAGAACUUACCAGGAAAAUCCACCACCAUCAGAGUCGCCGUUGAAGGACCUUACGGAGAACCCUGCCCGGUAUCUAACCAUUCAUCUGCGAUUUAUAUUGCGGGAGGAAGUGGCAUCACGGGUAUAUAUUCUGAGGCUGUUGCGAUGGCUAAGAAGUCCGAGGACACCUCUAGAAUUACCAAGUUGAUUUGGAUUGUCAGAGAGGUUGCCACAGUUGCUGGAUUCCAGAAGGAGCUCAUGGCUUUAAAACACCUCAAAAUAGAAACUGUCAUCUACAUCACUCGUGCAGUUCUGACUGCUGUAGCUGACGAGUUCUUCCGCAAUGCUGAUCUGGUCAGUUUGGAGAAGGACAAAGAAGGAAGUUUGGACGGUUUGUCAACAUUAGAGGAGACUUUCCCACAUAUACAGUUCCAGUUCGGCCGACCUGAAUUGAAGCAAUUGAUCGUGGAAGAGGUCAAAAACGCUGCCAGUAGUGUGGCUUUUGUUACCUGUGGUCACCCAUUGUUGGUUGAUGACUUGAGAUACUAUGUGCUUGAACAGAUUGACCAUACAAGUAAGAGAUUGGACUUCUAUGAGCAAUCACAAGUCUGGGCUUGA